GCCGCUGCAGACAUCAUGGCGGGCCCGUUCCUGUCUCCGCUGCCUGGAGACCUCCUGUCCGAGUACAUGUUCGGCCGCCGCAGGCAGCAGCGCCGGAACCGCACCACCUUCACGCCGCAGCAGCUGCAGGAGCUGGAGUCGCUGUUCCAGAAGACGCACUACCCGGACGUCUUCCUGCGGGAGGAGGUGGCGCUGCGCAUCAGCCUGUCCGAGGCACGCGUACAGGUGUGGUUCCAGAACAGGCGCGCGAAGUGGCGGAAGCAGGCGCGACUGCAGCUGCUGCAGGAUGCGUGGCGCAUGCGCUGUCUGGGGCUCGCCGCGCCGCCGCUCCUGCUCGCGGCGGCGACGGCGGCGGCGGCGGACGCCGCCCUCAAGAUGGACUCCGCGGGGGCGGCGGCGGCGGCGGCGGCUGCGGCGGCCCUCUGCCGGGACGGCUACCGCACCGCCGUGCACGGGGAGGCGCGCCCCCGACGACAAGUAGAUGGCCCGCGGCAAGCACUGCCAAAGACACGAGCCCCACUGUUCCCUUCAGAGUACUGCGAGUCUAGAGGAAGUCGUAUCGAGUACCCACAGUAA